GAUCUUCUCUUCUUUUGCCUUAUAUACUCCAACAACAUGCUCCAGCAGUAACCAAACAGAUUUACUUUCAUUAUUGGCCUUUAAAGAAUCCAUUGAUGUCGAUCCAAACGGAGCACUAAACUCGUGGAAUCGAACUACAAAUUUUUGCACGUGGAACGGAAUCACAUGUAGCCGAAGGCACUCAAAUCGAGUUGUUGCGAUAAACUUGAACUCUCAAGGCUUAAUGGGAUCACUCUCACCUCAUAUAGGUAAUCUCUCCUUUCUCAAAACUAUAAAUCUCCGAAAUAAUAUCUUCCAUAGCCGAAUUCCCCAAGAAAUCGGUUUUUUAAGAAGGCUCGAGUUUAUAGAUUUGAACAAUAAUUCUUUCGCGAGCCUUAUCCCGAAGAAUCUUUCCCGAUGCAAGAGUUUAGUUUAUCUUGACUUGAUAGACAACAAUCUCUCCGGUAGCAUACCACCGGAGCUCGGGUUUUUGUACGAACUCGAACUUCUAAACUUAUCGGGGAACAAACUUUCCGGCCCUAUUCCUCAAUCCAUCGGAAACCUAACAUCUCUAAGAAGGCUUUCUUUAAGGUCCUGCGGCUUGAGUGGUGAAAUACCCGAAUCGCUCGUUCGCCUUCAAAGGCUAAGCUUUCUUCAGCUAGGUGGCAACGACUUAAACGGUACGAUUCCUCAAGGGCUAUUCAAUAUAUCCACUAUUGACGUAUUUGGAGUUGGUUUGAAUGAUCUUCGAGGAUCCAUACCUUCUACUAUAGGCCUCACUCUCCCAAAGUUGAGGCUUUUUUAUAUAGGCUCGAAUCGUCUUAGUGGUCCUUUCCCAUUGUCCAUAUCAAAUGCUUCUUCGCUCGAAGAGCUGGUACUUACAGCCAACAGUUUUAUUAGUGGUCCUAUGCCGAGUUUCGAACGUCUUUCGAGACUUCAAGUCUUGUACGCUGCCAAUAACGCUUUUGAAGAUGAUAUUAGCCCGAUCAUUUCUUCGUUGACAAAUUGCACGAACCUACAAAGUCUUGAUCUAGGUAUAAACCCGUUCACCAGUUCAAUACCGGAGAGUAUAGGCAAUCUUUCCGUCAAACUAUCGGAGCUAAGCCUAGGUCAUACACAAAUAAGUGGAAAGAUUCCGGCAAGUAUCGGAAACCUUGUUGGUCUCACUUACUUGGAUCUUUUUAAUAGUCGUUUUGAGGGCUCUUUACCUCUCGAAAUCGGAAAGCUUUCCAAUUUGCGUAUGCUCGACUUGGGAAGAAACAAAUUUACCGGUGACUUACCAUCUUCAUUCGGAAACUUGAGUUUAUUGACAAAAUUGCGCUUACAACGGAACAACUUUUCGGGGGGUAUCCCUAAGAGUAUUGGUAACUGCUCCAACUUGCUAGAGUUCUUUCUUUUUCGUAAUAAUAUAAGCGGCUCCAUACCUCAAGAGCUUAUGAAUCUUUCCUCGAUUUCUAUUUCCUUGGAUUUAUCGUACAAUGCACUCACGGGUUCGAUUCCUGUAGAAGUUGGAUCUUUGAGAAGCCUAGCAAACCUAGAUUUCUCCUACAAUAGAUUGUCUGGACUUAUUCCGAACUCUUUCGGAACGUGCAUUAGCUUGGAAGAACUUUACUUGCAAGGUAAUUUAUUCGACGGACAAAUACCUCAGGGACUAAGUUCUUUGAUGGGAUUAGUCGAUUUGGAUCUUUCAAGGAAUAAUUUAUCCGGGACAAUUCCAAGUUUCUUGGGUGAGUUACAUCUCCAAAAAUUGAACCUGUCUUUCAAUAUGUUGCAAGGAGAAGUGCCGAAAAUUGGAGUGUUCGAAAAUAGGACAACAAUUUCAAUGGAAGGGAACAAAGAAUUGUGUGGAGGAAUUAUUGAGUUAAACCUUCCCCCUUGCACUUCAUCGUUAUCAGUUUCCUCAAAGAAGAAAAACGUAACAACUGCGCUAAAAAUCGUGAUCCCGAUAGCAGGAGUUGUCGUGGUUCUAUGCAUUGUUAUUUUUCUUUACAAGAGAAGAGCCUCAAACAAAAAUCUUUCCUUUGUGCCAUCAUUCAAUGGAAUCCCUUUUCUAAGGCUUUCGUAUGCGGAUCUCCUCAAAGCAACAAAUGGAUUCGCCGAGACUAAUUUAAUAGGUUUUGGAAGAUUCGGAUCGGUUUAUAAAGGCAUUCAUAAUGAUGGGCAAGCGGUUUUAGACUUAGCUGUGAAAGUGCUUAAUCUUGUCGUGAAAGGAGCCUCUAAGACUUUUAUUGCAGAAUGCAAUGCAUUGAGAGGCAUAAGGCACAGAAAUCUCGUAAAAAUAUUGAGUGUUUGUGAGAGUAUAGACUUCCAAGGAAAUGAAUUCAAAGCGAUUCUAUACGAGUUUAAGGCUAACGGAAGUUUAGAUAAAUGGUUGUACUACAAUGGGGAACGAGAACCAGAAUCCGAUCCACAACUUAGAAAUCUCGAUUUGAUUGAGAGGCUUAAUAUUGCCACUGAUAUUGCUAAGGCACUCGAGUAUCUCCAUUGUGGUACGGAAUCAACGAUCGUUCACGGUGAUUUGAAGCCAAGUAACAUUCUUUUGGAUGAAGAUAUGACGGCUUGUGUUGGUGAUUUCGGACUAUCGAAGAUUAUUUCAAGCGUACGUCCACCACACGAAAGUAGCAGCACAAUUGGAAUAAAGGGUACCAUUGGCUAUGUUCCUCCAGAGUAUGGCACGAAUAACACAGUGUCAGAAAAAGGCGAUGUUUAUAGUUAUGGAAUCCUUGUCAUGGAGAUGUUUACGAAUAAAAGACCAACAGAUGAUUCAUUUAUGGAUCGCGUCAAUCUUCACAAUUUUGUUGAAGCUGCAUUGCCGGAUCGCGUGAUGGAAAUUAUGGAUCCUCUCAUUCGAAUAGGCCCUCACCAGAAUAACACGGGAAUAGAAAGUGAGGAGAGGAGGGUCACGGAAGAGCAAGGGAAGAGGAUAGAAGAGGAAAUGGAGGGGAGAAGAGAACCCAAAACAUAUGGAGACCGUCUGCCUAUGCUGCACGAAAACUUCAACUUAUUAGGCUCUGAUUGGUUGAAGGAAAAUAAUGAGUAA